AUGCCUCAAACAACAAAAUCGUCCUUCAAACCGAACUUCUUUCACAAAUACUCAGUCCUUAUUGACCAUUCAAUUGAUGAAGUAUUUCCUGUACUCGGAACAGUAGAAGGCCAUGAACGGGUUUGCCGCCUUUGGUCAUCAUGCUCGCAAGUCGGGCUCUUGCAGAAAGACUUGGUUUCGAUCCCAGAGGCUUCUUCACUCUCUCAAAAUCACGUUAGGACGCUUCCCUCCGCAGGAGAACAAGAUGUCCAUGGUCGAAAACUUCACAGACAGUUCUUCUCGAUGGAAGAAUCCAUUCCUGUCCUAUGUGGCUUGUAUAAUCAUCAGGUCCAUCUUUUGGGUACUCUUACUUGGGACGAAAGUGCCAAAACUACGCUCUACGAGUCCGAAUCAAGUGCGGGAAUUCAAGUGUGGAAGUUACGUGAAUUUGCGGUAGAGGGCAACAAGACGAGAGUGACAGAACGUAUCGAAGGCGUAUGCUCCUUCUUGUUGAAACCAAUUGUGCAGAAGGAGGCGGCGAAAGGACAUGCUGAACAUAUGGAAUCCUAUCGCAGUUUAUUCUCCUCCCCAUGA